AUGCGAAUGAAUAAGAAUAUAAAUAUGAGUGACAAUACACAACUUGAAUCUAUUCCAAAUGAAAUUCUUAUAGCAAUAUUUGAUUAUUUAUCACUUCAUGAUCUUUAUCAAGCAUUCAAAGGACUUAAUCAACGAAUUAAUGAUAUUCUUCAAUCACUCAAUAAUCGCGCAAUUCGUCUUUGGUCUACUGAUGAAAAAAAUGAAAUUGAUAUGAAUAUAUUUUUUGCUUCAACUAUUAUUUCACUUGAUAUUAAAGAUGAAUAUGAUAUUGAUUUAAAUCAAUAUCCUAAAAUGCGUUCAUUAACUUAUACAUAUGCAACUGAAACUCAACUUCAACAUUUUCUUCAAUCAACAUUUUGUCAUAAACAUUUAAAAUAUCUUAAUGUUACAUCUGAUGAUUUAUCAUUACUUGUUAAAUAUAUUUUUUCACAUGAAUUUUCAUCACUUAAUCAAUGUAUAUUACGUAAUAUUGAUUCAUUGCCAAUGUGUCCAUGGAGAUUAACACCAUCGUCUUGUUCAAUAGCUGUUUGUAGUGAUGAAAAUUUUAUACCAUCGAUUCUUAAGUCAUGUCCUAAUUUAAAACGUCUGUCAUUAUUUAUUUUUGAAUAUUCUGAUACAUCUUUAUCUUCAUUUGUUUAUCAUUCUCAUCUUAAAUAUCUUACUAUUGAAAUGACUCAACCAGCAUGGACAGCACAAGCUAUUCAAACAUUAUUUUCAUCAAUUCAAACACCUGAAUUAAUUUCAUUUCGUAUUGUAUCCUAUCAAGCAUCAUUAAUACCGUUUGAUUUUAUUCAAUUAAUUGAUAUUUUUAAUGAACGAUUACCUAAUUUACAACGAUUCGAAUGUAAUAUUCUUUUAUCAAAAGGAGUAGAAACAAUCGAUUUAAAAACUAUUCGAGAACUACAUUCAUUUUUAUUUAAUCAUCUGAAAUUUGAAAAUCAAUUCAAUGGAAUGCUAAGAAUUUAUACAAUUGAUCUUGAAGAUUAA